GCAUUAACCUCCCUGGCAGUAUUCCCGAGUGUAGCUCGGGGUAAAGUUUCAGCACCACAAGCAGUAACCCCGACCUACACUCGGGAAUACCAUGCGGCGCUGCUCCGGGAUCUCUUCUUCACUUACCUUGUCCUGCGCUCCCGUGAUGUCCCUCCUGCAGUGUCCCCGCCAAUGUCCUCCGGCCGAUGCCGGCAUCCAUCUUUUGGGUUCCGUUCCCUGCGACGUCGGGACGUACGGGGACGGAACGGCGGGAAAUUUGAAAUCAACAAAAAGUGACAUUCACUAAAUUCACUAAAAUCACAUAGUAAAACAUUACUGUAUCAAACCAUUUCACAUACAUUUUGUCCCUAGUGCUCUGUCCUGUGCCCUGCCUGCAUUUUUACUGUUCUUUCUGCCUGGAAACUGAGAAACGUCCAUGGCGUCCAAAAAGCGUCCCUUUAGGUCAAAAGCGGUUUUAGACCAGCUAGAGAACAGUGAUAGUAAAUUAGAACUACUUGCAGAAUUGAGUGAUAAUGAUUUGUGGGGAAAUUCAUCAUCAGACACUGA